AGCGUCACUCGUCAGUCGCAUCGGCAACUUUAUUUCGAUCGGGCGAAUUUAUUACUAAGUCAUUGUGCAGUUUUCCUUAUUAGCUAUUCUCAAUGCUCGUCCUAUGUAACCUGAGGUCUAAUUAGGUGAUUUUAUUGCAAUCGGUAUCAAUCGUGUUUUGAGCCAAUGACCGUCCAGUUGGAUAGACUACAACCCAAUCGGAUCACUUGUUCCAGCGACUUUUUUGUAAUCGGUCGACCGUUAAAAGAGAGCCAGUGCAAAGUGCGUUUUAAUUGCAGAAAGAGAUGGGAUAUCACGAGGAACAAUGUGUUUAUGUGGAACGAAUGUAUACAUGAGUUUGUGGAGGCGGCUAUUCAAGAGGCGAUUUAAAUCGCGCGUUUAUAACAAAUAUAAGAAAUUUGGCGGGAAAAGGAAGCUGAAUGUAAAAUGGCGACGAGAGCUAUAGUUUGGCUCACAAUAUGUGUAUUGAUCAGCUGUGGCUCAUCUUCUAGUGAGCCGAGCGAAUAUCACGGGCUGUGUACGAACAUGUUUUGCAAUAGGCUGAGCUUGUUACGGAAACUACAAAACUGUACGAUCGUCCUCGGGGACUUGAAUAUAUCGCUUUUGGAGAGAACGAAGAGGAGUGACUUUAAAGAAUUGAGCUUCCCAAAUUUAAAAGAGGUAACAGGUUUUGUCGUGGUAUACCGUGUCGCUGGAUUGGAAUCGUUGGGCCAAUUGUUCCCGAACCUCAUGAGGAUAAGAGGAAAUACACUUAUGUCUAACUAUGCUUUGAUUAUUUAUGACAUGCCCAAGCUUAGAGAGGUAGGUCUAUACAAUCUUCUGAAGAUUGACAGAGGUGGUGUCAUCAUAUGGACAGGGCCGCUCACCUGUUACUUGGAUACAAUCAAUUGGAAAGCAAUUGCACCGAAUUCUAGACAUGUUCUGAGUGAUUUCAAUACCAUAAAUAGAUGUAAAAACAUUCCAUGUACUUGUUCCACGAAUGCUUCGGCUAACUUCUGUUGGAAUAAUAGGAAAUGCCAGCGUUUCCUCGAAGGGCCUGAGGCAGAGAAAUGUAGCCAGCAGUGUGUUGGUUGCCGUAGGACCAAUUCGGAGAGUUGUUCGUUGUGUAGACAUUAUACGUACAAGAACGACUGUGUUAGCAAGUGCCCUCCAGGGACAAUAGUUCUAGUGGAGAGUAAUUACUGUGUCACAGGAGAUGAAUGUAGACAUAUGGGUCGCUUGUCAUGGAAUAACACGUGCGUCGCUGAUUGCCCUGAAAAUUAUGUCAAAUCUGAAGGUGCAAUAACAGACUGUGUGCCAUGUGAGAACUGUCAUAAGACAUGUUCCAGCCUAAUUUUACAAACAUUAGCGUCGAUACAAGCGGCAGCCAGAUGUGUAAGAGUCAAUGGUUCUAUAACUAUUCAUAUCAGAACGAUGCCGGAGGCUAUGAGUGAAUUGCGAUAUUAUUUGAAGAGUAUUAAAGAGGUGUCUGAUUACAUCGUUAUAUACGGCUCUAUAGUCAUAACCUCUUUGGAUUUCUUGCCAGCUUUACAAAAAAUCGAAGGACAAACACUUUUUGAUGAAAAAUAUAGCUUUGUUGUUUAUGAUAUGGAGAAUUUACAAACAUUAUUUACGGCUAACGUUACUAAUAAUUUGAAAGUCAAUCAAGGAUCUCUGAGAUUUUAUAGGAAUCCUAUGCUAUGCGAGAGUGAAAUUGAAAAGAUACGAAUACUGUUUCCUACUGCACCGAGUGAAUUGGAUAUUCCUGAAGGUCUUAAUGGCUACAGUGGAGGAUGUGAUAAAGUGUCUCUUAAUCUAACAGUAGAAGUUAAAAAUGAAACAUCUGUUACUGUUAAAUUUCAUUCCGAACCUAUUCCUGAUAUUCAAUAUAGUAUUCUCUAUGUAAUUGUUCCUCGUGGUUUGCGUACUAUUUCUGUUCCUGAAACUUGCAGUGAAACGGACUGGGAUGCAAUAAAUAUACAUAGUCCUAUAAAUAAGGAAGUGGAAAUGGAUUUAUCAGCACUUCAUCCUGCCACUUCUUAUGCUAUUUGUAUAGAAAAGUACGAUCCACUACAUAGGCAUUUAUCACGAUCUGAUGUAAAGCAUUUCUCUACUGCUGUCGGAAAACCUGAGCCACCAUUUAUAAUAGAACUUGUUGCAUCAUCAUCAGAAUCUGUAGUUAUUCGCUGGGUUGAUCAUUUAGCCUACCAGCCCCAUAUUGUUCGAUAUGAGUUAGAUGUAGUGUUAGUAAACAUAAAGAGCUCUGAUAUUCUGGCUCGAAACCACUGCACAUAUAAUAAUUAUGAAUGGUUAGACGAUUACACAGUUCAUGCAAAGAUAAUGAGACCGCCUAAAAAUUAUGACGCAGGCUGUGAAUCUAUGUGUGGAAUCCUAUCUACCGUAACCAUGGGUGCCUUAGUUGAUGAGCAUUUUGAUGUGUGCAAUAUUGUGAAAAGGUGCGAUUUUGAUGAUGAAAGACCAAAGAAUUCUAGUACAGGAUCUUAUAUAAAAACUUUAGCUUUAAACAUUAGCGGACCUAAGAAGGAUUAUCAAAUCGUGGGUCUAGCAGCGUAUAGAGAUUAUAGAUUUAAAUUAAAAGCCUGCACGAAAAGUCAAUGCAGCCAAUCUGUUACGAAUACAGUUAAAACUUUACGUUCGGAUUCAGCUGAUAUAGCCUUAAUAUCAUUUGUAACAGCUGAUGAAAAAGGUAUUGUAACUGUGAAAUGGGACUCGCCCCGUAUUAUCAAUGGUGCAGUAUUAUCGUACAUAGUUGAAGUAUAUCCUGUUAUUAAGUUUAGCGACGUUAGUCAAAUGAUGCCACAUACAGUAUGUGUUUCUGGAAACGUAACAGAUUUGGUUAUGAAGUCAGUAGUGGCAAGCAAAUAUUUAGUUAGAUUGUGUACAAAAACUCUUGCGUCAACUUAUUCAUGUGGUGAAAAAGAAAAAAUUGUUGUAGCUUUCCAAGUUAUUCCAACAUGGUGGUGGUCUGGUAUAUUUUUUGGCAUAUUUAUAUAUAGUUUCUCAUGCGUUAUUGGUUGGAGAUGGAGGUCUAGGAAUAUUGUUACUGAUGAUAUACCUCUAGUUGAUGCUACUUCGCUGUAUCGUAAUGAAAGUGAACCACCUGCGGUGAUGAUGUCCGACUUUGCCCCAAUAUAUAACAUUCCAUUAACAGAUAGCUAGCAUGGAACAUUUAAAGCCUCAUACAUCGAUGGCUUAAAAUAUAGUUUCCUGUAAAUUAAAUGAUGAAAUGUACCUAAAUUGCGAAUGAUAUGUGAUAACGUAAUGUUGUAAUCAUACUUGUUAUUAUUGUGUUAUUAAUUAGUUAAUUCUUUUACCAUCCGGACAUGUUUGAUUUAUAAAAAUACGCAUAAUGUAUUAAAAAUUAGUAACAGUAAACCUAGCUGUGAUAUCGUGCGGGCAGUACUACCUCCACACCAAUUUGAUUGCACAUUUUCAUAAGUCUUCCGGUUUGAAUUGUUUAUAUAGGCAUAUGAUGAUGUAUUGUAUCUAUAAUACAUAAGAUACAGAGUUACUGGCGCAAAGCGACGCUUUAUGAAGUGCUACGACUCAAAUCAUAGUGUUACUGCCAUGUAAAGCAAAUACCAAAUUACAUCUAGUGGGGAUAUGUUCCUUCCAGCACUAAGUUUAAAUAAAAAAGGCAACCACUUAUACCUUACUUAUACUUCAAAUAUACCUGGAUUAUGUAAAAGGUACCUACAUGGUGUUUUAUAUACUCGUCAUAAUAAUACGUAUGAAAUCAGCACCAGAAAAUAUGAAACUCUUUGCACACUUUGACUCACGAAUGCAAUACCGUAACGAAUUCAUAAUAUAGCCAAUGUAUAUUUUAUUAGUAAUAAGUAUGAAUAUAUAUAUAGCUGAAUUAUAAGUAAAUUGUAAACACAUAACUCAAAGCAACCUUGUGAUAUAUUAAUAAAAUUUUGUAACAACA